AUGGCCUCGCUCGCGUCUGCAUGCCGCCUGUCUGCCCGCCUGGCCAGGCGUCAAUUGGCACACGAUGCGACCGCCAGAGGCUUUAGGACCUCUGCCGCUGCCCUCGCCGCCCAGAACUUUACUAUGCCUGCGCUCUCGCCGACCAUGACCGAGGGAAACAUCGCUGCUUGGAAGGUCAAGGAGGGCGACAAGUAUGCUGCGGGCGAUGUGCUGCUGGAGAUCGAGACGGACAAGGCCACAAUGGACGUCGAGGCUCAGGAGGACGGUAUCAUGAUGAAGAUCAUGCAAGGAGAUGGCACCAAGGCCGUUCAGGUUGGCUCCCGGAUUGCCGUCAUCGCAGAGGAGGGGGACGAUAUCAGCUCGCUCGAGAUCCCCGCCGAUGAGAGCCCCAAGCAACAGAGCAAGGGCCAGGAGAGGCCCAAGCAACCCGAGGAGAAGCCAGCCGAGGCUCGCGCUGAGUCCGCUGGCGCAGACAAGGUGGCACAGCCAGCUCCGAAGAAGUCUGGCAAGGCGCAGAAGCAGACAUACCCGCUUCUGCCGUCAGUCGCCCAUCUGAUCAAGGAGAAGGGUCUCGACGAGUCGGCCAUCAGCGAGAUGACACCCACCGGCCCCAACGGGCGCCUUCUCAAGGGUGAUGUUCUCGUAUAUCUCGGAAGUGUCAACGCGGAUACACCUGCCGCUAUCACGGCCCGGUUCGACAAGCUGUCGCACCUCGACCUUAGCAACAUCAAGAUCGCCAAAAAGCCCGAGCCCAAGAAGGAGGAGAAGGCGGCGGCCAAGGCACCGGUUGUGGAGGACUCUCUCAUCACGCUACCUAUCUCUCUGGCACCAGUCAUUGAGGUCCAGAGGAAGAUCCAGGACACCCUCGGCGUAUUCCUACCCGUUUCUACCUUUGUCGCUCGCGCAACCGACGUCGCCAACGACGAGCUGCCCCGCUCUGCUGCGGUGAAGCCGACGGCCGACGAGCUCUUCAACCAAGUCCUUGGCCUGGACAAGCUGGAUGUCAGGGGCAGCCGUGGCUUCUACCUACCCCAGAUCUCCGCCGUCCCCCCUGCAUCGCUGAGCGCCAAGCGUCCUGCUGCCAAGCAGGCGGAUGUCAUUGACAUCCUUGCCGCUCCCACCAAGAAGGUUUCCAAGCCCAAACGAUCACUAGCACCUGGAGUAUCUACUGGCGUCAACGUAUUCAGCCUCGUUGUGCCCAAGGCUGAGGAGAAGAGGGCAAAGGUGUUCCUGGAGAGGGUAAAGCUGGUGUUGGAGAACGAGCCCGGAAGGCUGGUGUUGUAA